GUUACAUAGGUCUCGCGAUAUCAACUGUUCGCUUAGCACGAAGAGGAGUCAGACACACACAGCUAAAAUAUCUCCGGAUGUUUUGUUGCUGUCUGAAGUAAGAGCGACAAAAAAGACACACGGUUUAUCGCACUAGUUGUGCUCUAGCCCAAACUCCCAUAGUUCCCGCAUCUCAGACGUGAUUUGUUGACUGAAGGCAGAUCUGAAUUCAUCAGUACGCGGCCACAGAAUCCUAAUUGUAUGUCUGAGGUGCUAACUGUUAGCUGACAGGCUACCUAGCAUAGCCAGCCACUGGAGCAAUGGCGUUGAAAAGAAUUCAGAAGGAACUGUCCGAUCUGCAGAGGGACCCUCCUGCCCAGUGUUCUGCUGGACCAGUCGGUGAUGACUUGUUUCAUUGGCAGGCAACAAUAAUGGGUCCAAGUGACAGUCCAUACCAGAGUGGAGUCUUUUUCCUCACCAUUCACUUUCCAACAGAUUAUCCCUUCAAACCACCAAAAGUCGCGUUCACAACAAAAAUAUACCACCCUAAUAUCAACAGCAAUGGAAGUAUUUGUCUGGACAUCCUGAGGUCACAGUGGUCACCUGCACUCACAGUCUCUAAAGUAUUAUUGUCUAUCUGCUCCCUUCUUUGUGAUCCAAAUCCAGACGACCCUCUGGUUCCAGAGAUUGCUCAUACAUACAAAGCUGACAGGGAAAAAUACAACAAACUAGCAAGAGAAUGGACACAGAAGUAUGCUAUGUGAGAACACCAGGGAGAUCGAAAUACAAAUGAGAACAAAAGAACCCACAAAGGAUUUGUUACUUGACACAAAUGAACAACGGAGAUGAGGGAAACGAAAAGUUAAAAACAAAACAGCCCACAUUUUGAGAAGGAAGUGAUCCAAUGCGGUACGGUGCCUCUUGGCUUUUUUGGUGUGCUGAGCUGCUACAAUGUGCUGUCCUUCAUUACUGGUAUAGAUCUGCACAGCAGGACCCGGCGGCCUACUUAAAGCACUCCCAUAUGGAAUACUGGAAUUUCUUUACAGUCCCUGAUGCCACACUCUGACUGUAAACUGGUAGUCAUUCUGUUAUGAUUAUCACCGUUGCUAUUCAAACGCUUCAUUCUCAUUGUCAUGCUAUUGUUCUGCAGAGAUGCAAACUCCUCGAUCUAGGCGAGUGGCUUUUCCUUCAUUUCAGAGGUACUUCAUGCACCCUUCUGGAUUUCUUCUUUUUUCUGUACUUUCAUGUAUUUAGUGGCCUUUCUUUGUUAGACUGUUUAGUAGAUGUGCAAUUGAGACAGAAUGUUUCUUGGUGAACACAAAAGGGCACAGCAGAUUGAUUAUCUGUUGGCAGUAACUGUCUCUACCCCCAAAAUAAUGUGAAACUCCAAAAAAGAAAAAAAAAAAAUGUCCUCAGUUGUCCUCAGUAAUUGAAACUCAAAAAUAAUUUCACAGAUUUUUAAGACACUGGAGAGCUACUGUUUUACAGUCAGUGUUCUGGGACCCCAAUGGGCUAGAUUUCCAUUCCCCACCUUUCACACACAUUGUCAUUGCACUUGUAUACUAUAGAAAUAACCACCGGUCACUGAUCUUUUCAUUGUGCAAAAACAAUACUACUGUAAUUUUGUGUUAUGUAGCUACAAACACGGCUAGUCCUCCACCUAAUGCUUCGCUGUGCUCCACCCCGUUGGUACAGUUACUCAGGUAUCUAACCAAGUUAUCAGACUUGACGAGCAUCGACCCAUUAUAUUAUCUUCCCUUUAUGUACAGUGCUCAUCUCUGUUCAUCUUAGAAAAAAAAAAAAAGAAGCCAAUUUUUCACGAAGAGGCAAUGUGUUGCGCACAAAUAAAUGCCGUGUAAGACGUACUGUCAUCUUCGCUAUCCCUCUGCAGGACUUUUGAUAUUAUCAAAGAACACCAGGAUUUCAUGAGCUUUCAGAUGUCAUAAUGAGACUUGCACGCUACUGUUUUACUGUAACAAAAGGGCCCUCUAGUUUAUGGUGGCGUCCCUUGUUGGAGAGGAGUCUGUGCAAAACUUUGCCAUUGGAAGUCGUGAGCAUUUAGUUGACACGUUAAAUAUGAUGACACUAUAAAUUGCUUUAAACAGAUAAUAUGAAGCUUUUUCUUCUUUUUUUUUCUUAGUCAUGUUCAUGAGGGGUCUGCAAAGUUUUAUUUUGGAAUUAACUGACAGUAACACAUUUUGUCUGGGUUAUACAUAUGUGACUGUACUUUUGAAAGCUUUUAGUUUUAGGCUUUUUUUUUUUUUUUUUUUCUUUAUGUCACAUAAACUGAACGUGAUUGUGAAGUGUCAUGAUGUCAUAUUUUUAAUAUACUCCACUGCUGGACAAGGCAGAUAAGAAAAGUUGUGAUUGUGUCUCAUUAUGCCGGUGCUGCCAAUAUAAAGGGAAAUGGGUUUUUUUUCUGCUAUUGAGGCAUUAUUGAACAGGUUUAACACAAGGCAGGUGCAUAGUUAAGCAUGACUGAUUGUAGAAGCUUUGUAGAAUUAACACUGAAUUAGGCACAUAACAUAGAUUUUUAUUAGCUAUUGUUAUAGAAGCCAGUUAAAAACAAGUCCUAGAAAAACAAUGCAUUCUGAAGUGUUAAACGUAUAUUCUCUAUAUGCAGUGAGAGGCUUAGCUGCAUGGUCCAGUUGCUCUAUAAAUUCAGUUCAAGUGCAGUCAUCUAUUUACAUGUUCCAGCUGUGCCGCUCAAUUCGCCCUCAAGUAUAAAUACGAGCGAUGCCACAUUUAAUUUCUCUGUCCAGCAUGCUCCGUAGAGUUUUUAUAGGCAGCUUUGGCAUGCUUUGCACUCUGGAGAACCUUCUCGCAGCCAUUUGCCAGAUAUCAGGGAUUUUGUUACAUUUCAUCUGCCUAACACCUCAAACUAAAACAUUUUUUAGCCUUAACCCUCAUUUUUAUAUAUUGGGAGGAUGUGUCGUUAACUGUAAACUAGCUGUCAAGACUCAAGCCCCAAAUUGGGUUGCGCGUCCCGUUAAAAGACACGGGAACCUGCUUGAACAGUACUAAUGUCAUGGCUUUGUCGGAAUGCAGAACCUGCCUUCACGCAUCUGAAAAUUUGGAGUAAAUUUAACUUCAACUGCCACCGUGAACUUACAUGUCUUCACAGAUAGAAACAAGAUAACUAAUGACAUUGUUAUAACAUGAAAAUAAAGUUCAUCUUGGUUUA